GGAGAUGCAACGAGAACGAUUGAGGAUCAUUGACCUUGUCUCGAUGGGUGACCGUGUCGUACUAGUUUAUUCAAGAGUUUCAGAAAAACAAAAUUCUCUUGUAACCAACACGGUAAAUAAUUACGUAUAUAGCUGUACAUCACGGCCAAAUUAAUGUCCGGUGUUUGCACAGAAAGGGUAGGCCUACAACGAAGAUUUCAAAACUUUGUCAAUGUUUCCGAUUCCAAAGCUAACCUGAGCUUUUGUUGGGUUGCAACUGAAACAAAUACUGUUAACAAUUUGGGAAUGCCCUUCGAGUAUUUCGCUAAUGUGCCCUCACCUGAACUCGGACUUGAGCUCCGGUGAUAAAAGUCGGCAUGUGAUGAGACGAUUAGGAAUCAGCCAAUCACAGCACUGUGGAAAGUAAUGACGUCAUUGGAACCGUAGUUCAUGUUGAGAGGCUGAUCGUCCUUUGCGUAACUUUGCUGCACGAUCGCAUCCUUGGUACGUACGCGCGCGAGCGAUGUCAGUAUUAUUGCUAAAUUGGCAGCGCAGCGGAGGCCAACUUGGCUCGUACCGCCGAAAAACACCCCCCUAGUGUCUCCCAUCACAGGUCCACCCCGCCGCUGUCGGAUUUGAUUAGCCUUUUGCUGAUCGGCAGACGGGAACCCCCGGAGGACGAUGGCCGAGGGGUCCGGAGACGUCCGAGGAAGCAAGUCAGUCGGCAAGGAGGAUCCAAGCGACGAUCAGCAAGGAGACGCGGCAGCUGCGCGGGCCACGAGUCUGCCAGACCAGCCACUCAGCGCCAGCGCGAUCGCACAGGCGGCAAUGGGCCAGCGAGGAAGGGACCGGAGGAGCGGCCGCAACGGCUCAGUCCACGGCGAGGACGGAGUGUUGAUCACCACCGCCGGGUCGCCGGCCCACAACGAACAAGAGGGGAGCAAGUCGAGAGAAAAGAGGAGCUUUUGGAGGUCACGUGGCAUGGUGCUUUUCGUGGUGUUCUUGGCUUUGCUGCUGGACGAAACUCUCAUGACGGUCAUCGUUCCAAUAGUUCCAGAUUAUCUCCUGAACCGUUGCGUCCAAGGGAGAUGCUCAGGACUGAAUGCAUCCAUCCCAGAAUGCCGAGCGAUGACGACGAAUGCACUAGAAGCGAUCAACGAAGAAUCAACGCCCCAGACGGUGCUCUCCACCGAGCCACCCCUGGUAAGGUGGACUCCAACCACUUUUUCCGCGAGCCCUGUCCACGUGGAGACGGUUACGCCCUUAGUGGGCGAGGUAACGGAAUAUCCUGGUGCCACUGACGUGGGGAGUGGGGUCACAAAUACGUCACGUGCAUCUUCAGAUCUGAUAGCUCCGAGUACCCAGGCAGGAGAGCUAGGGGCGCCCUCUAUCGAGAGCGAGUGCGAAGAGGAAAUCGUUCCCAAGACUGGCAUCCUGUUUGCGUCCAAGUUCAUCGUGCGGAUCGCCUUCAGUCCUUUCGUGGGAUCUUUUGCCCACAAGAUUGGAUUCGCCCUUCUGCUCUUGUCCGGAUGUGCCAUCAUGAUUGCAUCCAGCUUCGUGUUUGCUUUUGGUGUGUCGUACGAAGCGCUUCUUACCGCUCGUAUCGUCCACGGAGUGGGAGCAACGCUCAACGAAAUAGGAGGCCUUAGUUUGUUAGCGUACAAGUACCGGACCGACGAGCAGAAGCGAGGCUUCGCGCUAGGCCUCGCUAUCGGUGGAUUUGCGGCAGGAAAUCUCAUUGGACCUCCACUGGGCGGAAUCUGCUACGACUUUCUCGGCAAAGAAUCGCCGUUCCUGAUCCUGGUUGGAUUUUUCGUCGGGCUUGGAGUUUUGGAGCUGUUGGCGCUCAAUCCUCGCACCAAGCAACGCCAAGUUUUAAAGAAGGAAACUCCUCUCUACAAGCUCGUCCUUGAUCCGUACAUACUGGGUGCUGCAGGUGCCCUAAUGAUAGGGAGUGGCGUAUCGGCAAUACUGGAGCCUACUUUGCCCGUCUGGAUGAGGCACAAUAUCCAUCCGCCGCCCGACGCCUGGCAACUUGGAGCUGUGUUUCUGCCCUCUGGUCUGUCUUACAUCAUCAGCAGCACUCUCAUGGGAUAUCUAGGCUACAAACUCGGCAGGUGGUCAUUGUCGCUGUUUGCUUUGGUGGCACUCUCAGCGAGUGUUGCAGCCGUUCCAUACACCGACACCUUCCUGGAACUUACUGGCCCUAUGGUUGGCAUAGGGUUUGGCUUUGGCACAGUGGACAGUACAAUGACCGCCAUGUUGAAUUCCCGAGUUGACGUCCGCCAUAAGGGGGCGUAUGGGGGCGCAGCAGCCAUCUCCACGUUUGCCUUUUGUCUUGGGGGUGCUAUUGGACCAAGUAUAAGUGGGUUCCUCACUAAUGCCAUUGGGUUUAAAUGGCUUAUGAGAGGCAUUGCGGUCAUCACCUUCAUUUACGCCCCAUUCUGCAUCUUCCUCCGUUGCCCUGGCAACGCCAAUCACAGCACCGGUGGCAACAACAACAACAACGGUUUCACAACACCUGGGACCCGGACUGACGUCACGGAUGACGAUGUAGACGUCAUCCCCGUGCCUUCGAUCUCUAGACGUCUCUCGAGAGUUUGAAGGGUCACAGUGAAAAGAACCCUCUUUCCAGUGGACUCCAUGCGCAUGCUUCCUAACUCAUGAAUAUGCCAGAGGUUCAUGCAUUUCGUGACUGGUUCUCAACCCCGCCUUUUUAAACAAAAAAAAAUCAUGGACAGACGAGGAAGCAUUCUACCCACUUAGAUAACCGGUUUGUGACAUCGUUCUCACGUGCUGGAUGCAUCGUACGCCAAAAUAAUGACCAUUCUAGUCUACAAUCAUGAUUUAUGAUAAUUAUUAUCCUAGCCAGAGCUUUAAUAGACUGUACUACGGUUGGAUUAAAGCUUCCUUGGUUCGGACAGCCAUUUUCUAUUGACAUCCGUCAUUGCCUUUAGCGUUUGGCCACUUUUACCGCUACAGCUAGGUUUUAUCUAACCAGCUCACAAAUUGCGCGUUCAGCCGAGAUAAAAACAAAAACAAAAACGAAUGAGCUUCGUCGUUUUGCAUUCAAAUUUAAAGGCAGGAAUUGGGGGCGUUAUGAUACAAUAUCAGUCACAAUUUCAUUGCAAAAGGCACUGGCGGCAGAUAAAAAAAGUCGAUAGAGGGCGAUCUGUUGGCCAAUGUAGGUGCUUUCGUCGUUCCCUAGAGACGGACGGGCAACUUUUUAGGAACCUUUUUUGUUUACAAGGUUAAACGUCGUUUUGUUUAUGGACGACCGAAGUUUGCCGAAAGUCGACCGUUAGUUUUAUCGUUUUGUUUCAUUAGUCUUAGCAUGAAUUUUUUAAAACACUUUUGAAUUAUUCUUAAGGUUUUGUAUCCAUUGAUUUGUCAACCAAGUUGGCAAAACUGUGCUCGUGACGUUGGAAAAGGAAGGUCUCUACAUGUAACUCCAAAAUGCUACCGAAUCUUGAACUUGAUAGGAUUUUAUAAUCAUUUCGGUAUAUGGACAGUUGUUAAAAUUGUCUCGUUAAUACUGCGCUUGAGGUUUUUUGGCGGUUGUUUAUCUGUAGGUAAAUAUUUUGUUUAUAUACCCACAUUACAUGAAUUUACUUUAGAGUUUAGAAACUGAAAUACAGCUCUGUAUAUUGUCUCAUGAUAAUCGACUCUAUUUAAGAGGAUUUUGGUUGAAUCCAGCUCUUUGAGCAACGAUUUGUUUGGUAAAGGUUUGCGAAGCAUACACACAUAUACUUUUGAUGAAUCGAGCCACCCCACAUCAAUUGGUCGAUGAACUGCUCGACUCGCCGGCGUGUAAAUGCCGGUGAAAAGCCGUUUAUACACGAGUGGGUUUGGGUUUGCGAAUUACGUACAGAGUUGCACUGGGUAGGAAAUUUAUUGAAUGAACAUCACUGAGGGGAGAUAUAAAAAUAAAGAGUGGAAGUUAUGUGCUUCGAUACACCAAA